AUGGAAUACUCUUGGCUUUUAUCAUUGAUUUCAUUAUUUAUUCCAAUAAAUUUUUCAUCGACUCAAUUUAGUGCCUAUGAUCUAAAACCUAUGCCAUUUAGUAUCUAUAAUACAGGCGGAAAUGCAAACAAUCUUAUUACAAAUAUUCGCUGGUGUUGUGUAAAUGAACGUGAAAGUACAAAAUGUUUAGCAUGGUCCAAUGCAUUGUUAUCAUCAAAUAUAACAACAUCAUCGUUAGCUUGUAUACCUGGAUCAGAUAAAUUUGAUUGUUAUAGAAAAAUUUUCAAUGAUGAAGCUGAUUUAAUGGCAGCUGAUUCAGGAGAAAUUUAUACAGCUGGAAGAUAUUAUAAUCUUGUACCAAUUGCAAAUGAACUUUAUUCACCGAUGUUUAAUGGUCCAUCAGCAAAUACAUAUUAUUCGGUUGCUGUUGUUCGUAGUGGUUCAUCAAUAAAUUUAGAUAAUUUACAAGGUGCUCGUUCUUGCCAUUCAUCAGUUGGCUCAUCAUCUGGAUGGAAUCAACCCAUAGAUCAAUUAUUACGUGAUCGUCGUUUAAAUAUAAUUGAUUGUAAUAAUCAUGUUAAAUCAGCAGCAUUAUUAUUUGGUUCAAUGUGUGCGCCUGAUGCAUUGAAUAGACAAUUUAAUCCAACUGGUGAUAAUCCAUCAACUGUUUGUGAUCUUUGUCAAGGUACAAAUGGAAAUACAUUUUGUACGAAUCAAGAUCCAUAUGCAGGCAAUAUUGGUGCUUUAGUUUGUUUAUUAAAUCAAGGUGAUAUUGCUUUUGUAAGACACACUGCUCUUAUUGAAAAAGCACGUGAUCCAAAAUUUCCAAUUGAUCAACUUCAAUUAUUAUGUACAAAUGGACAACGUUCUCCAUGGCAACAAUUUCAAUCAUGUAAUUGGGGAAUAGCUCCUGCAUCAGCAAUUCUUGUAUCGCAUCGUCGCCCAAAACAAUUGCGAGAUAUUUAUCGAAAAGUUUUAAUUGAAUCAGCAAGCUUUUUUUCAUUACAAAAUCCAUCAUUUCAAUUAUUUAAUUCUCAUCGUUUUCAAUCAAAUGAUUUACUCUUUUCGGAUGCAACAGUUGAUUUUAAUUUACUUGAUGAUCGUACAUCGUAUUCAAAUUAUCUUGGAAGUGAAUAUUUAUCAAUGUUAACUCGCUUAUAUAAUUGUCCAUUACGUUUGUUACGUUGGUGUGUUAUAUCAACUUAUGAAAAAGAAAAAUGUCGUUUAAUGAAAAAUGCAUUUGCACGUAAAAAUAUAAAACCAGAUCUUGAUUGUGUAUCAGCUAAAAAUGCAAUGGAAUGUAUGUCGAAAAUUUAUCAAGGUAUAGCUGAUAUAAUAACAGUUGAUGCAGCUGAUGCAUAUCGUGCUCAGCGUUAUUAUCAAUUAGUUCCAUUAGCUGCUGAAGAUUAUGGUGUUGAUAUGGAAUCAAAUGUAAUGUAUGCUGUUGCCGUUGCCAAACGAACCGAUUUAACAAGUAACUUAUGGAACUUACGUGGAAAAACAAUUUGCUCAACUGCUAUGGGUGAUCUUGCUGGUUGGCAUGUACCUAUUGAUUAUUUAAGUGCUAUUAAAGAAGCAUAUGUUACUAAUUGCCACAUUAAUAAAGUUAUCGGUGAAUAUUUUGGUCAAAGUUGUGUUCCAGGUUCUCUUGAUUAUGAUUAUAAUCGUUUAAAAACAAAUCCACGUGCAUUAUGUUUAAAAUGUUAUUCGAAAGGAUCUGAUUAUUGUUCACGUUCACAUCGAGAAAUGUUCUUUGGAAGUUCUGGAGCAUUUCGUUGUUUAACUGAAGGAACUGGUGGUCAUGUUGCAUUUGUAAUGCAUACAGCAGUUAUAUCGAAUACAGAUGGACGAAAUAUUGAUCAAUGGGCUCGACCAUUACGUGCAAUUGAUUUUGAAUUAUUAUGUAAAAACGGAACACGAAAAACAAUUGAAGCUUAUAAAAGUUGUCAUCUACUUCGAGUUCCAGCAAGAGUUUUGAUGACAUCAAAUUUAUUACCAGAUCUCGAAAGAAGUUAUAUAUGGAAUAUGCUCAAUUUUGCUCAACAAUUAUUUGGAUCUGAUACAAAUAAAGAAUUUACGAUGUUUGAUUCAUUUUAUGAACAUCCUGAUUUACUAUUUCUUGAUGCAACAGUUCAAUUAACACGUUUAACAACAAGUCUUGAUGAUUAUCUUGGUCAAGAUAAUAAUAAACGAAUAUCAAUCAGAUUAAGAUGUCUCAGCAGACAAAAAAUAAAAAUAUUCUUCGAAAUAAUCAUGAAUCUAUUUACAUAUAAAUUAAAUGUAUGUAUUAAAAGUACAAAUAUCAUAAAUGAAGAAAAAAAAGUGGCUCACGACUGA